GACCAUUUAUUCCCGCACUAGUUAAUACUCAGAGGCUCUCAGAGAGUCUGAUACAUUCAGAAAACUUGGAGCGCAGCAGCACCGGGAAGUUGCCAUCGACGAGGCGAGGCACGGCACACUACGGAGUAAUGAAGUAAUGAAAAGAUGGACGUACGUCGCCCAUUAUGAAAUAAGAUUCGCCGAAUCGUCGAAUUGCACUCUGCGAGCUCGGAAAGCUCGGAAAACACAAUAUCCAGUGGACCCGUGUGGCAGUUAUCGUACAGGGCUCUCUCGCCGACUUAGAUUUGCUCGCUCGGUCCGGUGAGGCCAGUCCGGGCUCGAUCAAUUUCGCAGCUGCGAAGUGGUUCCCCGCUCUGGGCCUGGAGGGCAGAUUCUGUGCGCAAUGAGUGCUCUACUCUGUACAGUACUAGGGACGUACUCCCUGCCCAGCCUUUUCCUCGAGAGGACAAGUUGUAGUAGCUCUGACUCACUGACAGACUGACUGACUGACUAUGGGGGCAGGGGCAAGCUUUUGGAUGCGUGGUGUGCACAGCGAUGGGGAACGACGCGUGUCCCGAGGGCGAGGGCUGGCUUGCUUUAGAGGCUGCUGCUGGCUGGAGAGAGAGAAAGCUGAGCGCAACGAAAUCCGUCGCCGGCAGUUGCUCGACCGCACGAACUUCCAGCAGAACUUGCGAAGCGAGAGGGAGAGAGAGAGAGAGAGAGGAGAGAGCAUGGCGGUGGCGAGCGUCAUCCGGUGCAGAUAUUUCUCUCGAGGCCUUUGAAUGAAUGAAUGAAUGCGCGUGCACGACUCAGAGAAAGUUCUGCCUCCGUGCUGCUGUCCGAUUCGAGCGAGAGCCCCACAGAGAUUUUAGUGGAAUGUUGUUGCUGCUGCUGCUUGCUCUCGCUCGCUCGCUCAACGACCGAAUCGCUGUCAUGACGUUCGUGAGCAGUAUGUCAAGCUCCGUGGAUCAGAAUGUAUGCAUACAGUUCUCCCUCCCUCCCUCCCUCCCUCCCUCCAUCUCUCCCUCUCCCGAGAAGAAUGUGCUCUCAUUCACGGGCAGGCCUGUGGGGAUGUCAAGCUCCCAGGACAAGACUCGAACAGUGCUCCUCGCGGGCCAUGCAUCGAUCGUGACUCCUCGUGCAUCUGUUGCGAGGGGGCACUGUUGAGUUUCGAGAUUGUUGGUGGCCGAAUGGCUCGAAAGAAUUCGGUACGUGUCAGGGGAUGCCACUCUCUCUCCCUCUCCCUCUCCCUCUCACUCACUCUCAUCGAGGGAAGGGGGGGGGGGGGGGGGGAUUCCGCCCCACAUUUGCACCGCUUUUCGGGUGCGGGGCCGAGCUUAACGACCUGAGUGCAGCCUUUUCGAGGCGCUCUGAGCCAGCCAUGAUCGCUCGUAGAUCCUUUGGCCCAGUCGGCCGACUGACCGACCUCUCUCCACAGCCUGCCUCCUCUUUCGCUCUCUUCCCUCCCAAUCUCGUAACGAGAAUCGUCCUCCACCGCUCACUCGCUCGCUCGCUCGAUCCAUCGAGUUCGGAUCGAAUUUCGCUUGGCAGAUGUCACCCCCUCCCUCCCUCAUCAUAAUUAUGUCGGCAGACGUCCCCGCCCGCCUCGUACCUAUGCCACGACUUCCUCCUUCCUUCUUCUUCCGUCCAUGGCCUCGAUCCUCAGCCUUCCCUUUCCACUCCUCUCCACUCCACUCCACGAGCAGACGAAUUGUCGGAGGUGGGGACCUCCGCCGCCGUCGUCAUCGUCGUGGAGUUUGGGGAGGGGGCGAUGGGGACCCAGAGACAUUGGAAGGUUAAUGGCGAAUUAAAAUACACGAGAAUAAUGAGAAGAAUGCUCAUAAUCGAGGUGCGUGUUCGAGAGAAGGACGAGGCGUGCGGAGUAGCUGGCCGGGCUCAUGGUGGCCUAGGCUGGAAAGGCGAGCGCGAUUGUGCGCAGAGACGAGACGAGAGGAGAGGCCGAGUGAACGAUCCAGUGGCAGCAUCUCUUGGAGCUUUGAGGUUUGCGCUUUCUUUGGGCAUGAGCAGGAAUGCUGUCCUGCGACAUUCAAGAGGGCUCGAUGUGGGCCAUCGAAUCAUUCGCCGUACUUGGCACCGGGACCACCUCGAGCUCAUCAAUGCUCAAGAGUUGGAUGAUGCAAGAGUCCGCGCAGCUCGGACCGAGACGAUUCGAGCGAUCGCUAGCUUGGAGUGUGUCGAGCGGAGAGAGCAGAGCUUCUGUCGCUCGUGUCGUGGGCUUGUGCGCUGGAUCCGUCAUGUGCUCCCGACGUCAUGCCCAUUCUUUCAUUCUUUCAAGCUCGUGUGAGAGUUCGACGAGAGGGCGAGGGCGAAUUGUCGAACGAGGUAAACAGAAUUGAAUGCGCACUCGGCAUACAUUGCCCUCCGCAUGAUCGAUCGAUCGAUCGUCUAGCUCGAGUGACCACCACAAUUUACCACCAUCUCCACCUCCUUCUCACGUCAUCCAUAUCCUGUCCGAGGCCAGAUGUCGAGCCCCAUGAAUCGCUUGGAGAUGAUGCGGCUCCGACGCCACCAUCGAAGAGUGCUCGGAUCCUCCUGCAGGCCUCGAAAGCUCGCUCACUCUGACUGCCAUCCAUCGAAGGAUCGCGUGUCAUCACGUAACACGACGGCGCUGAUCGUCCUCUGCUCGCUCGCUCGCUCGCUCGCUCAAAGCUGAGCAGGAUUAAAAUUCGGCUGUCUGAGUGCAAGCUUCGAAGUGCGUUCAUUAUCUGCUGUAAUCUGACGAGUGACGCAAAGCUGAAAAGCUGCGUGCAAGCGGCGGGUCCCGGAGAUAUUUGUACUCGCACGUGAACCCCUUCCUUCUCUGACAGCAUCAGCAGCUGCAUCUCGGAAGCCAAAGCGACUUUCACGCCUCCCAUCGAGUGCAUCCCGAGCGAGCUUCGUGCCCAAAUGUGGCACCCGGACUGCAGGAACCGUAGCUCGUCCAUCGCGGUGAUUACGAGGUCUGGUCGUCGAACACUUCCCCAAGACCUGGCCGCGAGUCACAGAGGGAGAGGGAGGGAGAUAUGAAUCUCGAUCGAGGCAGGCAGAAUUUGAGGUGGAGAGGGAGGUGUGAGCCGGAAGAAGCGGAGUGACCACACUCUCGAAAAGAAUCGGGACCCCUUUUCUCGACGAAAACAUCGGCUGUUCAGAAGAUGCAUCGAGAGAAUUCGAGGCGCAUCGAGAUCUGCAGCCUCGAUGUCGUCCUCGAGAGAGAAAGUGAGUAAAGUUGAGACGCAGGCAUACGCGGAAGCACGAGAGCGCAGGCAGGCCGAAAACAUGACACUGCAAAUCUGGGUGCAUGAUGGCCGAUGCAAGCCAGGGCCGAUCUCACUGCCACCGCCUUUCCCCCAAAGCACUCGCCGACCCUUUAUGUGUGUGGAUUGAUUUGAGGCUGCGGAUUCGAGCCGACCGUGCUGCCUUGUGCUGCCUCCAGCUUCUUUCCGAUCCUUUGCCUUUCUCGUCUUUCUCUUUUCUGCUGAAAGGAAAGGGGAAGCAAAAGGGAUGCACUUUUGUUCAUUGCCCCACGAGGCCGGCCAGUCGGUGCGAGUCGAGUCAAAUCGUCCGCCCCUCGCUUCAUUCGCGAGCGACGUGAAUGCGAUCGAUUCGAUCGCAGUGGUACGUCCUCGAUCGUUCGGGAUUCGAGCAGCACGGAUCUGCUCGCCCCACGACAACUGCUCAGAUUCCUGUCCGAGCUCGGUGCCAUGAGAUCCUCGAACAUCAGUAAAGUUCAUUGAAGUGAACCUCUCUCUGUCUGGGCGGUCCUCUAGCACACGCACACUCGCACUCCCUCACUUUCACACGGAGAUCGAGCGAAUCUGUCAAGCCACAAAUCUAAGAGCUGUACGUUUUUCAUGCACUACAGUCGCUCGCUGUCUUGUGCACGACACGUACUGCCAUCGAAGCUGCUCGGUGUUUCACUCUGCACCGAGAUUGUUUGCGCUGCCUCUGUCAGUGAGCAAGGCAGGGGCGGAACGGGAUGGGACGGGUUCUUUAUUUGCACAUUGGGUGUGAAUAUUUACAGCACUCAGAAAGCUUCGUUCGCUCCAAUGAGUCGAACUCACAACUCCCUGAGGCUUGCUUGCAACACUGUGUGGGGAAUCAGCUGUGCAAGCUGAACCAUUCUCCACAACUAGUGAGUGUGCUGGCAGGCAGGCAGGCAGGCAGGCAAAUUGGUACAGAUCCAUGGGUAGAAGGGACGAGAGGUCCUCGUGCCGUAAAACAAACGGCUGCCCAGAACAGAGCCCAGAAUCAGCUGCUGCUGAUGGACUGACAGUUCAACGAGAGUUGUUGCACCGUGAGGAACACGAGAUCGAGUAAAGUUGCCAAGUUGUAUAUACAUCCAAAACUGCAAAUUCCAGAGCCCAUCAGACAGACGGUGUGCUUCUAGAAAGUGUCUCAUUAUGAUCACCUACGAGAAAAAUUGGCCGCACAUCAUUCCAGUCUAAAAUUUGCUGUCAGAACAUAGCAUUUCCAUCUUAAUAACAGGAGUAUUUUACAGCAUCUGGGAUUCCAAAAUAUUCACCGUCUACAGAAACGUGAACCCAUUGAAUCAUGUGGUCGACUUCUCCUGGGCCAGAAGACAGGCGACGUACCAUCCAUCCAUCCAUCAUUCGUGCCUCUCCUGCUGCGCACGAAAGAUGCCUACAACCUGAGCACAGACAAACUACUCGAGGCCUCGACUUAGCAUCCGCCAUGGCCUCUAGCGCUGUUGAACACAGCGGAUUGGAGAGGCGAGUCCAGCCACGGAUCCUCAGAGCUUACUGACUGGUGCACUCACCUUGAAGUCUCCGACACUCAGAUUUGACUCCAUGGUUUCUCCAAAGGUGCUAAAGUGCUUCUAGUGCAAAUGAGUGCAGUGCAGUCAACUUGGAGUAGCUCCAGGCUCGGUCUAGACGACUCUCUCUGUCUCUGCACGUACACUCUGGUGCUCUCGUGAUGUACUCAGCUGUAACUUGGCUUCAGUGACACAUUGCCUCCGUGCAGAAUUCGUCUAUCGAUGCAUUCUUCGUAUCGUUUCAGAGUUCACUAGUCGAGAAUCGCAUUCUCGCUGAUGAAGAGCCGGAUCUCAUUACAG